AUGGCCCUGCUCGCUCAGGUGGCCUUGGGCGCUCUCGCCAUCGCAUUCAUGACUUUCGUGGCUUUCUUUGGAAGGCUCCCAGCUCUUAGACACACGCCGAUAGCCUGGCUACACCGAGCAAUAUGGAUAUCCAUACCCAACGCCAUCCUAGCCCUGGACCAGAGGCUCACCUCGGGCCGGCUGACGUCGUGGACGGACCGCUUCGGGAACUACGUGAUGUUCGGGCGGCACCCAACAAUCCUCAUAUUCUUCUUCCUGCUGCUCACGGUGGGAGAGUACAUGUACCUGCCAGGCGCCUGGCCUCGCAUGAGCGCUCUCCACAGGCUUAUGGGCGCCAUCGCUAUCGUCCUGCCCUACGUAUUCCUAUACCUCGCCGCGUACAGUGACCCGGGGGUCAUCACGCCGGCUACUCAUUCGCGAUGGAUGUCACACUACCCCUACGAUUUCACGCUCUUCCACCCGGGCCAGACCUGCCGGACCUGCAACUUACUGAAACCGGCGCGGUCAAAGCAUUGCGCUGUGUGCAACCGCUGCGUCGCCAAGAUGGACCACCACUGCGUCUUCAUCAACAACUGCGUCGGCUACGGCAACCAGCACUGGUUCCUGCUUCUCCUCCUCUCCACCGCGAUCCUAACCGCCUACGGCGGCACUCUCGGCCUGCGCCUCGUAUCCCAAAACGCGCGCGCGCGCUCCGCCGCCUUUAAUCUCUGGAAGCCACACUCCAUGCCCUGGCGCACCUACUUCGUGCUCCUCACGAUCGGCAUCCAGGACGACGUGGGCCUGGGCUCGGUGACGCUGCUGGCGGCCAUGACGUCGCCGCUGGUGUGGGGCCUGCUGGGCUACCACGCCUACCUGAUCUACUGCGGCACCACCACCAACGAGAGCAUGAAGUGGCAGGACUGGCAGGCCGAGAUGGACGACGGGUUCGCGUUCAAGCGCCAACUACCCACACCGCGGACCAAGGACCCGCGGGUCGAGGCCGCGUGGACGCGCUGGCCCGUCGAGCCCGUCCAGGUCAUGGUGCGCACCGAGGACGGGGAACCGCCCAACAGCGGCAGCGCCUCGGAGCUGGGCGUGGGUGAGUGGGAGCGCGUGUGGCAUCUGCGGGACGUGGAGAACCUGUAUGAUCUCGGUCUUGCGGACAAUAUGAUCGAUGUGUUCGUGCCGAAUCACUCGUUCAGGGCGGAGACUGUGACGGAUCUGGAGCGAGGCAGGCGGUCGAAGAAGCCGAAGGCUCGGCCGGGCGCUGGUCUUGUGGCUGCUGCUACUUGA